UGUAAAAUGUCUACCGAAGUGUCGUGGACGCGAUGCUUAAUUUGAAAAAUCACUGUUACUUGCGGCGCCCUUCUUGCUUGGUAUCAACAACUGUUUAUAAAGGUCUUGCAAGCUACGUUUUUGACUUUUGUAAAGCCCACAUCUAUGGCAUACUUCGUGCAGUUUGACCCUGCUAUGAACAAAUGCAUUUUUGUUUCAACGAGGAACAGAACUUCGAAGGAAGGGGAUGUGAGCUCAGUUGUUUACCAAUGACAGCAUUUGAUGGAUCAUUUACUCAAGGACUGCGUAGAAAAGGUGUAUCCGGUCGGUUCUAGAGCGAAAAAAUGCAUAUUUGUCUUGCUAGCUUACAUAAAUGUCCAGUCCUCCUUUAGAUGAAUUACUAUCACUAUUCAGACUGUGGUUUUGCCGCUCGGUGAGGAAACUUUACUGGAUUAUAGCGUGAUUAUCCUCCUUAGAAAUGCAACGAGCCUCAGCAACCAAACGUCCUCGAUGCUAUAUCGUUGAUUAGCUGUCGCAUUCACCUUCAUUUACGGAUCUAACUCUUGACGUGUAAGUUGUUUAUAUGGAUUCUGGGAUAGUUCACUCAUUGAACCACAACUGAACAAGCAUCACAAGAGAGAUUUGAUCGUGACAUCUGUCAGUGACUCCACAACUCGCAGAUCCAAGAAGAAACUACCUAACAUCCCUCCUGAGGAAUUAGCACUGCAUGGAAAUGGAGGAUCAUGGGAAGGUGUUGGUAAACCUCAUGAUUUGCCACCUGAAGUGCAGGUGUAAUUUAUCAGACAUGUGCAUAAAAGAUCUCAUUCAUUGACAGGGCUGGGUAUGACUGAGUUUGAAAAAAAGUUGCAGGCUGAAGCUGAAAAGAAAAAUGUGAAGCCAAAACCUUUACUUGAGCAAAGUUUAGCAGCACCAAAACAGAAGCAGUUGAUUGGAAACAAAGAUGAGAGGACAACAUUUGCACUUUCUUUGCCAUCAACUCCAGGGUAGCCAUCAAAAUGCCAAUACCACCAACAUCUCUGUAAUUCAGACAAACAGGUGUGACCAACCAAAAUGUGGCAGACUUGUAGACAUUCUUGGUUGCAUGUGGCAAUGAAAAAUCAUGUGUCUUACAAAAGCUACUUUGUUUGUGCAAUUUGUAACUCUGGCUAAACCACUUUCAUUACUGCUAUGUUCCAGACCACAAAAAAUUCUACUGCAUUCUACACUAUCAGGAUAUUGAGAAUGCCUGCAGGUUUGGAUUAGGAGAAGAUAUUUGGCAUGCAAUGGGUAUAGGACCAGGAGUACAACAGCAGUUUGAAUUUACACCAGGUUAUGGACUUCAAAUUUUUAUUUUUGCAGAAGUCACUACAUGUUUUGAAGCUCCUUUUAAAGAGUGAUAUUCCUUAUGUGGCUUCAAGAAUGUAUUGAUUUUGCACAAAUUUGGAAGGAAUUACAAAAUCAGAAAGUGGUAGUGUUUUAUCCAAGGCUACAAAGAUCUUGUAUGAAUGCAAAAGGAAAAACAGAGGGAACUGAGAAAGGUUAUCAGUACCCAGAGCUAUUUUUGGAAGUCUUUCCAUGGGAUAACCCCACCCUCACCCUACAGAUAUGCCAGGUUGGAGACACUGUAGACUCCUCACUUCAGUCAACAGCAGAUCGAAGUCUUGCUCCAUUUACUGGAAUGAGUUUGCGUUCGCAAACAGACUCAACUACAAUAUCAGCACUGUUUGAUUCCAACACUACUGUUUCAGAGAUGAAAUCUUCUAGGGGAGUAAUGGAUGUGUUCUAAGGACUUGAUCUUUCAAGUGGGAGUGACACCUUUAGAAGAAAACAAUACUACAAAUCAAAGAGAUAAAGGGUACUAAAUCUGACUUAGAUGAUUUGUUUUCCGUUAAAGAGGAUAUCACAUGAUCAACCCCCGUCAAACAAGCUAACGCCCAAGAAGCCGCCAAGGACAGCGUGACAGAUCUGUUUGAUCCAUUGCUAACGGACAGUAACUUCAGAAUGCUGUUGGAAAUCAUGUCACGCAAUCCAAUUUGGCUUCAAUUACUGAAGCAAGAGAGAAUUACUAUUUGAAUUCAAAGACAAACGUUCUAAGGGAUCCCCAACUUGUGAGCUACGGCAACAGUUUAAUAUCACCUUAGGACGGCAAUUUACGUUCAACAAACUUUUUGAGUGUAAAUAGCGCCGGCUCUGUCUCAGUAAAGUAGAAGGGGUUCACAAAUUUUCGGGAAUGUGGACGAAUUGUCACACAACAGAACUACACAACCAAAUGUCACGUUACCUGCCAGCGGACCACAAAGAGCACGACAGCUAUACAAAAUUAUACAAUUUCCUUUUAACUCCCAUCCAGUUCUUCAAUCGCCUGUUAUGUGUGACCCGUCUACAAUCCCUUUAAGACUUCCAAAACAGUCGAGUCAAAAAACUGGGUUUAGUUUUGUCGGAAAAUCCGGUAAAGCAGAUGCGUUUAGUUUUGUCCAAGAUGAGAUGGAAGCAAGAAAAUGAAUUUAUGAGUAAAAUAAUUUUGUCACUGAAAAUGAUUUAUUAAGGACAAAACUUUUAUUUGACAAAGACGUAAUAACAACAGUAGAAUGCAUCAAAGAUGCCUAAAGACAAGAAAGAAAUGAAAGUAGUUUAUUUAAAGUGAGAAUUGAAGACAGUCGAUUUUGUUUUAUAUCAUAAGUCAUGUUUGAAUUAAAUUUAUUCUGAAGCCUUUUAAAAUGCCUUAUGAAUAAUAUCUAGUUUUUGCAAUGAUGGAGGGAAAUAUUGUCAACACUCCUUGACGCCCUUUACAUGUAGCGCUUGCCUUCCACUCACGCGAAAGGGCCGUCCGGCCAAUUAUCUAAUUAACGUACUUCCGAAGUUGUAAAUUCAACCUUUUAUUUCUCGCCCGGAUAAAAAUCGCUUUUAUUAUUUAAUAUCUGGAAAUGCCAUCUUAUGAUAUCAAAUACUAUUUACUGUAAAAUCUCCUUUUCAUCUGCUAUCAGUCACAGAAAGGAACGGAACAAGAGCCAUAAAUAACCAUGCUACUUCUUGUGUUACUUACAUCCGCUCCAA